UCCGGCGGAGGGGAGCGCAGCAUGGCGGCCGUGACUGAGGCUGCGGAGGUGGCCGAGCCCGCACCUGUGCGGACACCCGCGUCAGCGUCGUUUCUGGCCUUGGAGCCACAGCUGCAGCGCGAGUUCCAGAAAAAGGUGCAGCAACAGGGCCGCAAGAAGCGAGGGCCCAAGGAGGAGCUGACGCCGGGCGUAGUGUAUGUGGGACACCUCCCGCGGGGGCUCUGCGAGCCGCAGAUCCGCGAGUACUUCGAGCAGUUUGGGACAGUGACGCGGCUCAGGCUCUCGAGGAGUAAGAAGACGGGAGGUAGCAAAGGCUACGGAUUCAUAGAGUUUGAGUCUGAUGACGUGGCUAAGAUUGUUGCAGACACGAUGAACAACUACCUGUUUUCUGAAAGGCUACUGAAGUGUCAGUUCAUGUCUCCUGAAAGGGUCCAUGAAAACCUCUUCAAAAACAGUAGCAGAAUGUUCCUGAAGCCCUCCCAGCCAGCAGUCAGGCGGUACAAUAAGGUUCGCUCACUGGUGCAGAAGGCAAAGAUGACAAAGCGCCUGCUACGAAAGGAGAAGCUCCUGCGGAAGAGGCUGGCUGAAAAGGGACUCGACUACGACUUCCCAGGAUUUGCUGCGCAGGAGCUUCCCAUAAAGAGAAAUAAAACAUCCAAGAAGUCAAAACUGAACAUUUCUGUGAGCAGCCAGGAUCCUACUCCAGUCUGUACUCCAACAGUGCUCGAGCGCCGGAAAGCUGCUCAGGUGGACGAUGACGCAGAGGACAAUGAAAUAACUCUCAGACUGCCCCCUGCCAGUGUUAAGAAUGCUGUGCAGAGACAAAAGAAGCAGCCAAGGAAAAGACCAAACCUGAAGAAACAGACAUAAAAUUUUGAUGACUGUAGCCAUGUUUUCUCCUCAGCUCAAAAAGUGGCAAGGUGGAACUUCUCAUGGUUCUGCUGCUCUGGCCUGGUUUGCCUUGAGACUGUUUCAGUCUAUCCUAGGCAAGGAAUCUAUUCACAGUCCCCUCUUAAGCCCACCCUGUUCAGCCAUUGGGACCUACAGCCUUCUGCCUUUGAAGAUUCUCUUGACGUUGUGCUCACAAGUGCCCGUGCUGUGACACACCUACAGUCAUGCUACAAUCUUAACUCUGUAACUUGUCUCUAGCACUCACUCUUUUGAAAGAAGGUGUUUGGCUGUGCAUUCAGCACUUGCUGAUGCAGCUUGUAUCUUACAUUUAUAAGUCAUGUCAGGUUAUAAAACAAUUUACAUUUUGAGCUGUGUUGACUGUUGGUGGUGUUUCUUCUCUUGUCUGUGUUUCAGGUGAGUUCUCACAUACUAUUAUGAGGAAUUUUUUUCCCCUCCAGGAAGACAUACCUUGAAUUUCUUCUGUUUAUGAUCAGUCAAGAACUGCCUGUACUGUCCAACUCAGAGGCAGAAUGCUACACUGCCAGAGUACACUAGUGCCUUUCUACCCUGCUUUCAGCAAUGCCUGGGAAACUCAGCCUUUGCUAGGAUGUGGAGUGGUUGCAGAGGAUGUGGAAAGGACUGGGAUUAGAAAGUUGGUGAGAAGAGACAGAUCACUGAAGUGAUUGAAGAUUCCCAUUCCUUUCCCUGUGCAGGUGGAAGGUCUGUAUUGGAGAGUGUAUCCCAUUGUGGAGGAUGUAGGGUGACUUGUGUUGGCUGGUGGUAUAGGCAGAAUCACAGCUAUGCUUGUGUUCCUCAUACACUUAUGGAAAAGGCAUUUCACACUGCUGAGGUUUCAGGUGUGACUGGGCUGACCAGGCAAAGGUAACUUGCUCCUUCUCUGCGAUUUUUUGUGCCAUUAAAGUGCUGUUGCUUGGUUCAGAAAAUGUUCAAGGAACUGCAAAGUGGGGCUGCUUUCAGAGGGUCUUCUUGCUGAACUGUGGAGAGGAGCAAAUUCUGACAACUAGCUUGUGUACAGCUGUUCUCAGAGUGAGCACCUGAAAAUAAACCCAAGAUUUAUUCCAGUGUAACCUGUCAUAGCUGACUGCAGAUAUCCAGUCCAGUUUGAAAAUACAAUUUGACAGUACAGUUAGCAUUUAGAUCUUGCAAAUCUGAGAUCUGCAUAAAUUCCACUUGGGGUUUUGUGGCAUGUACUUAGGUAUGGUCUUUUACUGUCUGAGAUGA